ACCGUCUCCUAAGACCAAGAAGACUCUUGGCGUCUUCAUCUAACCAGAGAACCACAGCCCUUGAUCUGGGCUCCGCUUUAAGGCCGGCCCUUUCUCACUCACUCGCACCUUGGAAAGAUGGAACCCGAGGAGAGCGCCUUCCAGUACAGCCAAUGGAACAACAGCCAGGAUGAGGUCAGCAUGAAUGUGUCGACCCCAGAGAGCUCAGGCUGUGAGCGGGUCUACAAUAAACUAUGCACCGGGAAGCUGGGCAUUGCUAUGAAGGUGGUAGGCGGAAUUGUUCUGUUCUGGAUCAUCUUCAUCAUCGGCUACAUCACUGGGUACUACAUCCACAAGUGCAAGUAGCACUUGUAUGAGCCUGCUGGACACCUUUUCCGAGGAGCCCUCCACCCACCCAGAGAUCCUCUUACUACCUGGCCAAGACCAUCAGGCCAAGGCUGCCCCCUGGGGGCACAUACACUUAUAGAGAUAGACACACACACAUAUAUACAGACACAAAGGGACAAAUAUAGACACAAAGACUCUUUUCAGAGAA